CUCCGUGCUGAAUAGAUGGUACAGUCCACAUCCAGUUCGGAGUUGUUGCUGAGGAGGUUCCUCCGUUCAGCACAUACCGUUAAAUUGGCAUGCAGCCUACUCUUGGAUCGUGUAGCAGGAGACUGCACUGCUUUUGAAAAUGUUACCGCCUCCUUACCGGAGUUACCUCGGACAGCAGGGCAGGGUCGCCUUAUUUCACCUUUUGUGCAGUAUUACAGGUGUGUGCUGCAGCCAGGUGGUGGUACCUCAGAGGGUGAAUGCUGUGCUGGGAAAGAAUGUGACAUUAGAGUGUGGCGUGGAAGUGGGUGCAAACCUCACUCUUACUCAGAGUUCCUGGGAGCGCCGUCUCCCUACAGGCUCUGUCACAGUGGCUGUCUACAACCCACUGUUUGGCAUCUCCAUCCCCCCGGAGUUUCUCCAUCGCUUAUAUUUUCGCUCACCCUCCUCUCACGAUGCCACCAUCAUACUGGAAAAUGUGGGCUUUUCUGAUGUCGGGGUCUAUACCUGUAAGGUUGCAACAUUUCCUCUGGGAAACACUCAAGCCACAACUACUGUCAAUGUACUAGUGGAGCCGAAGGUCUACGUGUCUGCGGGUUCAACUCCCCUGAUCGAUGGGGGCAAUGAUACUGUGGUGGCCACCUGCAUUGCUGAGCGGGCCCGACCCCCUGCUGAGGUGUCCUGGGAGUCCAACCUUUUUGGACAGUCAGAAGUGCAGCUAUUUGACGAAGUCAACGGCACGACCAGCACACAAGUGCGCUACCUCUGGCAGCCCACACGUCACAUUCAAGGCCACACACUGACCUGUGUGGUCCGCCACCCAGCUCUGCAGAGUGACUUCAGAAUCCCCUACCAGCUCAAUGUCCAGUUUGCUCCUGAUAUCUCAGUUGUGGGCUAUGAUGGAGACUGGUAUGUAGGGCGGGAAAAUGUUCAAAUGACAUGCAAAGCCAACGCAAACCCACCGGCUCAUCACUUCAGAUGGAUCAGAUUGGACAGUGAAAUGCCAGAAGGGGUGGAAAUUGUGAACAGCACUUUGCUCUUCCUGCGUCCCCUCCAGCGGAAUGACUCUGGAGUUUACAGGUGUGAGGUUGCCAAUGACAUCAACCUCCGCAGUCGGGAUGUGCGCAUUCUCAUACAAGAUCCUCCCACCAUGCCCUCCACCAUUACUGCUCCUGUUCUAACUGGCUUUGCCUCCUCCACCUUAGUGGAUGAAAAGCGCCAUGUCCUCUUCAGCUCUCCCACACUUGAAGCCUUACCUGAGAGUAAUCUUGGCUCCAUAGUGGGUGGUGCUGUGGGGGGGGCCUUGUUCCUGCUACUGCUGCUGUCUCUGGUUGGCGUGUGUUACCUCCAGAAACAGCAAACCUUCCACGGGAACUACUACACCAAGCAGUACCUGGGCACCAAUGACCUCCAGAAAGCCCAGACGCAGCAUGAGCUCCGCCCUACCAAAGCUGGCAGCAGCUCCCAGCAUCAGGACCACGACAGAGAGGAGUGGGGCGACCGCCAGCUCAAACAUGAGCGUGACCGGCGUCACCAUAGCAACUACAACGGAGAGGAAUAUCCCUCUAAUGGUUACACCAGAGCUAUGCGGGAGAGUAGUCACCACAGCCAUCAGCAGAAUCAUCAUCGUGAACACACACAGCGGGAACACACACAGCGUGAACUCACACAGCGUGAACUCACACAGUAUUCUAGUCCACGGCAGGUGAGAUGUGCCAGAUACCCUCAUUCACCUAAACCACAGGGAAACGGCUCCCCCUACAUGUCAGAUGACUGCUACGAUAGCGGGCCUGAGGGUGACUAUGUCUCUCACACAGACGGGUCCGUCAUCUCACGUAGGGAGUGGUACGUUUGACAAGUUACCUGGUCCUGCAGGAGCAGAUGUACGACAGAAACCAGAGUGUUUCAUUAAUUAAUUUAGGUUCCCUACAUAGUUCCCUUGUUUUGUCCAAGUGUCCUGGUCGACACUUGAGAUGUACUUUUUCUGUUCCUGAUGUGGACAAACUGUGGACUGCACAGCCACUUUGACAGUCAACACCUUCAUGCCUACAGAAGUGGCCGUGUCACUAAAUUGUGGGUGUGUGUAUAGACUAACUAAAGAUCUCGAUCUCUGUUCUGUCUCUGUCUUACUACGUGGACUGCCAGGUUAUUUAGCAUUACUAAUGUCUUUCAGUUGAGUGGAAGCCCUGGGGGCUCUGUUUCACUUGCUCAUUUGUGUAGAUAUUAUAUCCACUCAUAUGUGUAGAUAUUGCUCGUGCUAAUUUGUCAGACCUUAAAAGAUCUGACCACCUGAAUACAACAGGAAGUAAAUCUAUGAAAUUCAGAUGGUCACAGGUCCUUUUCCAUAAUUCAGCAUAACAGAGCUGAGGCAUAUAGGCUAAUUUUUUUUGUUUGUUUCUUUAAAAGAAAAAAAAAAACUUAUCUCACUGAGAAAUCCUUCAUGGCUGAUGAUACACACACUAAUUUAUGGUCAUAAGAUGUAUUGCACUGCCUUUUGCAAAACCUAGAUUAGAUUAGUUUCUUACUAAAAUCCUUCCCUUUAUGUAACUUGCUAUUAUGGGAGACUUGUGAUCUUGAGGACUUGACCACUGAUGUCCAAGCAAUGACCUUUUAAACCUGAGGGCCUAGAGUGUGAACCUUCUACUGUAUAUCCUCAGCUAAUCUUUGAUCCCCAGGAGGGAUGAAGAGAGAAAACAGGGAGUCCUGCACGAAUGUGGAACAGUUCACUCUAACAAUAGGCUGGGUUCACCAAACAGUCAAGCCUUGAUAUGCAAACAUGUUACAAAAUUCUGCAAGUUUAAAUAAGCUGUUCCUUCUACAUUUCUCAGAUUUAUAGUUUUAGGGAAGGGUUUCAGGUUAGUUGUCCUCUUAGUGUCAGCCAAGAACACAUUAUCCUGCUGUCGACCAGAUUAUAAAAGAUGUGUUUUGAGAAUUUGCACUCUGGCACCAAACCAGGGCUCUUGGAAGUUCAAGAGGGCCUACAGCAGGGGCAUUGUUUUAAAGCAGGCUACUGUAUGGCAGCCACCAUACUGUGGCCUCCCAGUCACAAACUGUUUUGUUUCACCAUGAACAAUAAUUCUUUAGUUCAGCCAGUAUAGCCGACCACCAGUAGUGUCAGUAAUCUGAAGAAACAAGACAUGACUGUGUCAGGAUAUGAGGCGUUAACAGCCUUAGUGUGUGCAACCACACACUCUAAUCAUGUUCACAGUUUUUUGGGUUUUUUUUGUUUUGUUUUGUUUUUUUAAUAUAGCAUGUGUUAUUAUUCCCACCAGUACUUCUGCAGUAAAACAUCCAGAAUGUGUUGGAUUUACGGUCACUGUUGGCUUUGGUUCUCAAAAACUACUCUCAGCAUUAUAUCCUCUGCCUGUCAGAGGGGGCAAACAAUAUUUUGUUAUACUGAUCAUUAAUCUUUCAAUCAUAAUUAUUUUUUGAGUAGUUAUAAAAUAAUACACACUUUUUUAUACACUUAAAAAACAAUUUCAGAGUGGAUUUAUAAUGUUCAUUUGGGACACGCAAAGUGCUGUACCAGGGAAGAUGUGUGUUAUCAUAGAAUUAAAGAUAAAUUUCAGUUUUUGUAUGUGGUCAGGUACACACAGAGAAAAUCAUAUGUAUCUUGGCACAUGCACGGCUAUUUACCAGACUGCAUGGAGGAGAUCCAACAAUGUCUUUCAUGUACACUAGUGUUUGUGAAUACAUGCCAACUUUAGUAGUAUGGUCACCUAUACAAUAUUUGUUGCCAGAUGCCAAAUGUUUGUUUAACUUGUAUGUAUAAAAAUGAUGAUGACAGUGUCUCACAUAAGUAUUGCUGACUAACAACUGAUUAUAAGCUUAUAUAAAUGACUAACCUAUCACUGUUGUAUACAGGGUCUUGUAGCCUGAAUAGAAGAGAAAAGAUGCUUUAGGCCAAGUUAAUAUUACAGAAACAGUUGUCGGAAUGGGAAUUAGUUAUAUUGUUAUAAACCUUCACUAAUUAUUGGUCAUGGUGUGAAUUUCGUGCCGUGAAUAGGCUGCGAUUCUCAUAGUGAGAUUUGAUAAUGUGUCACUGUUACUUGCAGCAGAGAAUAUGACCCCCUAGACUGUAAUUCGUGUAGUUUCCACUGUCCUUUCAAAUGCUGUUGCAGUGCACUAGAACUAGCUUUUCUCCAUAAACAGAAGCUUCCCUUUCUAAUAACUACAAAUUUCACUCAAAUUACAUUAACAUAAUGCCUCACUUCCCAAAAGUGAUGUAGUGAUUUCUGCUGUAGUACCUCCUGCUGAAAACGUUUUCUUUGCUAGAAUGUAGUUGAGUGCUGAAAGUUUUAUACCCAAAGCAGCCAGAACAAAGGCUCUGUAAAGAUAUCUUCCUGUAAAAUUGCUUUUCUCAAUGUCAUGAGCUCCAGAAAGAAACUUCAAUCCAUCUUUAUCCAAAGGUUGAAAUCUGAGAGACGGAUAUCUCAAGACCUGGGAUAAUAAAUCCAAAAGGAUCCUGAAUGAUACAGUUGGCAAUUUGUGAACCACAAAACCUCGUUUAGAUCACUGAAAAGUAAGGUUUUGAGGAUGUGUCACUGACACCUACUUAUCCUGCCUUUCUGGUCACUAUCACCUAAGUGUAGAGAAUAACAGGAAGUAGCAGCCUGACCCCCUUCUUGUGUUUUCUUCUAUGCACUAAGACGGAAAUUCCACUAAUCAAUAUACUAUUUUUGCUUGACUUGUGAGUUUUCAGCCCUGCACCUGGCUUAAUGAAGUUCUUUUGUACUGUAACAUUUUGUACAGAGUCCAGUCAUCAAUAUCUUUACCUUGAGAAACGUCUUUCACUUUGGAUUGAGAAAUACAGCUAGUGCCUUAGAUACUUAGAAGAAGAAGUUUUUUCUUAUUAUUGUUUACUUAUGGAUGUAAGAACCUGUUUUGUUGCUCUGUGAGAUUUAUCUGUUGCCUGUUUGUAUUGAUUUUCACUGCAUACUGUGCAUUAGGACUCCAUAGUGCCAUAUUCAUUUUUCUGCCCCUGUCACCACAACAGUUAAAUGACACAGUAUAUUUGCAAACCUAGAGGCAUUAAAACACACACAAAAGGCAAAGUUUGAAUGAGUUUUGGUGUAAAAAUGAGUUAAAUGAUCUCUACUUCACAGGUAUCUGUCAGCGCUUUUGGUUUCUGUAGAAUCACUGUUGUUCAAAGGAGUGAAGAAUGAGCUUCACUCUCACAUUGUCAAUGAAAAGCACCUUGUGGUCAUGUUUGUUUCUGUAUAUACUAGAGAACACAUAAGUUUCUGGAAGGGAAAAAAAUAUUUAUGUCCAUGACAAAAAUGGAGCAUUAUUUUGUCAAUUUUUUUGAGAUACUUUAGUUCAAUAAAGCACCUUAGCACCUGUGA